AUGCAUUUCUCCAAGCUACUCCCUUGUAUCAUUGCUUUUUCUACUCCGGUUUUUUCACAGGGUGAAAUUCUUUGGGCCAAAUUUUGCACUGAGAAGAAUAUGCAAGGUCAUAGCUUUGACCUCGGUGCCAACGACGUCGGUCGUCGCUGUGUCACGCUUCAAGGCGCAGUGUAUCGCAAUGUGAAGUCGAUAAAGACACCCAAAGCCGAGCCCAUUGUCCCUCCACAUUUGGAAGUCCGAUGCAGCCUAUACUCACAAGUGUUUUGA